AUGGUCCUCUGUCCUGAGUGUGGAGCCGGAGCGGAUUUGACGAAGGACGGCAGCUACGCACAUUGCGCUUCUUGUAUGUGCCCCACCAAGAAUAUUGCUGAUGGGACUGCUCUUGAAGGUAACACCAUCUUCGAACCGGGUAAGGAGGGCAGCCAUUACAGGGGAAGUGGCAGCGGUUCUGGUGACAAAGAGGAGACGAAAAAGGACGAAGGCAAGAAGGAGGGCGAGAGCAAAAGCUGA